UUUCUGUGCCUUCCACUAUUUAAUGGAGUAUUUGGUCUAUUAACGUCAUUUCAUGCAAUAUUUCUUCGUUAUCCAAACAGAUGUGAUUUCUAUCUCGAAUUUAUCGGCUGUGUCACUUCAUUUGUGUUUUUCUUCUCUUCAAUCAUGGAGACAUACUGCGUGGGGGAAUUUGAUGAAUUUUCUGAGCCUCGUGUAAACAAAGAAGGCGUAUGUUAUGGUUUGAAGUAUCGUACCUUAUCGGCUGCUGAGUCCUGCCUGGAUUUUCUUGGUCCCUUACAGAUGUCAUUUUUGACAAAAAUUGGAUGGGAGCCCCAGGACCGCGAAUCCAUUCGUUUCUUCAUCACAUCCUCAUUAACCGUGCUGUCUGGUAUUCAUCUAUGUUGUACUACAGGGCUGAUGGUGUACAGAUUCGACUAUAUUCUUAUCAUUAUCAACUUGUCAUUGGGGUACUGGUAA